AUGAUCCCAGCGUCCAAUGAGUAUGUGACGCUGUCGUGGUCACUGAGGUUUGAGUUACUGCACACUAUCAUUCUAUUGGAACAAUUGAUAAAUUGUGUCGGGAUUUCUCCCAAUGGUCUCUACCUGGCUGGUGGAGGCAAUGACGGUUACGUGGUAGCUGCCCUACUUUGGCACCUGAGAGAAGUUAAAACUGUGUUAAUCGGUGAGGCAACUGGGACUGUGACUAUUGCGUAUCUUGAACAAUCACAUCAGAGCAUCUCUCUGGGAUAUCACUGGACACAGGAGUUGGUGCUUCCGUUGAAUGCAUGCUCUUUGAUGCUCAAACACUACCCUUGCCAUCACUACUCAUGGGAGUUUGGAUUCAAUUUGCCACCACCUCGGCAUGGUUCAUUUGAUGUACCUCGUGCUAUGCAAUUCUACGAUGAUGGGAAAAAACCUGUUGUGGCUUACUUGGAUAAUGGAUUUGUGGUUGCUUUGUCGCCAUCAACAACUUUGGACAAUUUCACCUGUAUCGCGCAGGAUUCGUCAUCUUGGACGAAGCAAAGCGUGUUCUGUGUGGCAGCUCUUGCGGAUUCAUCAUCAUCUAUUCCCUCGAUGAUCGUCACAUUAAACAAGUUCUUCAACAUCCAUCAUCAGAUAUCAUUCAAGCGGUUUUCUCACAACAAUUCAUUGCAACAGGAACAUCAGAAUCACCUUGUGCCUUCGCCGUGA